AUGGCGCUCAGUGUUGCAUGGUUCUUCGCUCCCAUUUUAGGUUUUGUUCAUUUAACACCAUUAAUUACACUGGAAGGGGAAUAUCACUUCAAACAGUGGAUGUCACAGCACAGCAAAGUUUAUGACACUGAGGAGUACUACCAUCGGCUGCACAUAUUCACUGAGAAUAAGAGGAUCAUUGAUCACCAUAAUGCUGGGAAUCACUCCUUCACAAUGGGCCUGAAUCAGUUCUCAGACAUGACAUUUGAGGAAUUCAGGAAAUCCUUCCUUCUGAGAGAGCCUCAGAACUGUUCAGCCACUAAGGGGAGUCAUGUCAGCAGGACUGGUCCUUACCCUGAGUUUGUUGACUGGAGGAUGAAAGGCAACUUUGUGACCCCUGUGAAGAACCAGGGUCACUGUGGAAGCUGUUGGACGUUCUCUACCACUGGUUGUUUGGAGUCAGUGAAUGCUAUCACCACUGGGAAGCUAAUACCUCUGUCUGAGCAGCAGUUGAUAGACUGUGCCAAAGACUUCAACAAUCAUGGAUGUAUGGGUGGGCUCCCCAGCCAGGCUUUUGAGUACAUCAAAUACAACAAUGGUCUUAUGACAGAGGACGACUAUCCCUACAAAGGCCAUGAUGACACUUGCCAUUUUGAGCCUGCACUUGCAGCUGCUUUUGUCCAAGAUGUUGUCAACAUAACAAGUUACGAUGAAAAGGCCAUGGUUGAUGCUGUGGCCCGGCUCAACCCUGUGACCUUUGGCUUUGAGGUCACAGCUGAUUUUAUGCAUUACAAAGAAGGUGUUUACACCAGCACCCAGUGUAAGAACACAGCAGACAUGGUGAAUCAUGCAGUCCUGGCUGUGGGUUACGGGGCUGAAGACAACGGCACGCCAUAUUGGAUUGUAAAGAACUCUUGGGGGACAGCCUGGGGAAUGGACGGAUAUUUUUUGAUUGAGCGAGGAAAAAACAUGUGCGGACUGGCUGCAUGCUCUUCCUACCCUCUACCUUUAGUUUGAGGAGUGACAUGACUGACACAACUGUCAUCCAGAUACAAAGUUGGUAUUUUUAUGUUCCCUGAUGUGUCAUAUGUUGUCCCCAAGGGUUUAAUCUAAACUUAAGGCUCCUACCACCUUCUCUAAGAGUUGGAUCUUUCAACAAUAUAUAUGGUAUUAUCUGAAUAUUGAAAUUGAGAUGAGAAAUAUAAAGCCAAAUUGAAGAAGAAAUACAUGUGCAAAGUACUGUAAUUAGCAACAUUAACACGGUUACAAGUCACAAGCUAAGAGCUGUUCAGUAACCACAUUCUUGGAAAUUAAGCAUUAAGUUAAGUGCAUGUGCUGCUGUGUGUGGGCGAAACAGAUCAGCUGUCAUGAUGGAGCUUAAAUCAGUUUGUGUUUCCUGAAUAUUCAAGAUAUUUCCAGGAAUAGGCUGUUUUUCAUUUAGUCGGUUUCACAAUAAUUAAUCAGAUCUUCCCAGUGCAGCCACAGUCUUUGUUGUCCAGUAAGAAGUUCCACUGAAGCAAAUCAGACUCAUUAUUGAAGUACAUCUGUGUGGUACUUGAGGUGGGAGAAUUUGCUGCUCAAUAAUUGUCCCAUGGGUUUUCAGUCUUUCCUAGAGCUUAAACCAUAGAAUAGAAAGAUAAUGGCAACAAGUUGCAUCAGAUCUGGAUGUUUUGUACAAGUG